CAUACAAGCAAUUUUCGCCGAAAGGUUCGCUAGGAUUUGGCAAAGAUUUUAAAGAUCAAAACGCACGUGUUAUAAGAUUUCGUGUUUUCAGUAUCGAUAGAAAUCAACACAUAAUGAAUCCGGCCGAUAUUGAAAGUCGUGCGUCUGUUUUCUUGGCUUUAUCAGGCGUAAAAUAUGCAUUAGUAAACAUGAUGGUAACAGAUAACAAAUAUCUUGUGCGGAAUAUUGCAGUUCUAAUCAUAUUUCGCGUCCAGGAUAACAAAAGGCCAGCGAAACAUAAGCAAUCCAUGAAUUUCACCCAUUUCCGACCACUUCUUCGUUGUAGUGGUCUGCCCUGCUUUCUUCAUAAUCGAGAUCGAAGACCGCUGCAUGAAAGAGAAGCAUAUUUAGGAAAACGUGAAAUUACGAAUGGAAGACGUGACAGUGAUAUGAAACACGAACGCGGCCCGUCAAGACUGACGACAUUCACAAGUCUGCAAUUCGAAAAUCGCGAAAUUCGUAAGCUUUGCCUUUCGGUUGGCAGUGGUUAA